AUGUACGAUAUAUCAAAUAUAUUCAAGAGAUGCAUAGAAGAGAAAAUAACUAUAAUCACUGGGAGAUCAAGUAGAGCAGAUCGAUCACAAAUAAAUUCAAGCAUGAUGGUCUCAAGAGUAAAGGCAAAAGAUAAUCAAUACUCAUGUAAUGAAUCCAAUUCAAUUAACAAAUAUGAUGUGGAAUUGGCUUGCUAAACAGAAUUGGAAUACAAUCCUAGAUUUCUUAUUAAGAAUAAAGAAAAAAUCGAAGUAUUGUCUGAUUGCUUUGAAUAUUACGAACUACCAAAAAUAUCCCCCUUAGAUUAACAACCAAUACAAAAGUAUUCAAUGUGCAAUAGUCAACAUGAUUCAUAAGGAUUAAGAUCUAGAAAGAAUACUUAUUAAAAAUAUAGAUAAUUUUAGAAUCGCUUAAAAACAACCAAAGUUGGUUAUUUAUCAUUAGAUCCAGAUAGCCCUUUCAUCUAAGAGAUUUUCAAAUAGCUUUGCAAUUCCAGCAUCUACUAAGAAAUCACAAAGCCAUAAGUAUGCUAUCAUUAAUACCUAGCUAGUCAAUUACCUUGCUCAUCAAUUAGGCUGUUAGGCCAUCAUUUUAAGAUUAAUCAACCUUAUGUAGAUGCCAUAUUCAAUUACUCAGGCAGUGUAUCGAUCGUUUUUGCUCUAAAUUAGAGAGAUGAGUUAGCAAUGUAUCAAAUAUUCAAGAUUAUAGAAAUUAUCUAGCUUGUUUUUAGUUGUUACGAUGUGUUGUCUAAAACCUAUUUAAAUACAAGAGAUCUAUUUGAAUUAUUCAAAUCUGGAGGUGCAGCAUAAAAAGAUGCAGAUAUCAUCUUUAAAUAUCUUAGAUGUUAAGGUAUCAGAAGACCUAUUGAAAUGAAUACAACAAUCUCAACUAAGAUGAGGGGAAAGCAGAGGCCACAAAAAUAAAUGGUUAUUACUAUGAUGAAGGAAAAGGCAAGGAAUUUAUCAGAAAUGUACAAUCGAAAACAAACCCAUGAUAAAAACAUUGUUACUGAAACAACAUUUUUAGAAAUUUAUUAAAAUACUAUUCCUGAAUUAUUUAAAUCUCUUGUCUAAUUAUUGGCUAAUUAUAAUUGUGAUUGA